AUGGCCACGGCGACAGCAGCGACGGCCGGCGGCGAAGCCGAAGUCCAGAUAGCGGUUGCACAUGGCGCCGCCCCCGCCGCCGCAGCCGGAGCCGCAGGCGAUGUGAACCGGGAGAGGUCCGAGACGUCGAGCCCCUCCCGUGGCGGCAGCACCACCACCCCUCAGCGGCCGGUGAUCAAGGGGUCCUCUCCACAACCGCCGCCGCCGACGGCUAUGGACAAGACGCUAUCCAGCGUGGCGAACCUCGCGAAACUCCUGCCGACGGGCACGGCCCUGGCGUUCCAGUCGCUGUCGCCGUCGUUCACCAACAGGGGCGCGUGCCUCACGUCCAACCGGUACCUCACCGCGGCGCUCCUCUACCUCUGCGUCCUCUCCUGCAUCUUCUUCUCCUUCACCGACAGCUUCGUGGGCGGCGACGGGAAGCUCUACUACGGCGUGGCCACGGCCAAGGGCUUCCUCGUGUUCAACUACGACCCCAGCAGCGGCGGCGGCGGCGGCGAUGACGACGACGACCAGCGGCGCCGGAGGGAGGUGUUCAAGGACCUCCGCAGGCUGAGGAUACGGUGGGUGGACUACGUGCACGCGGUGUUCACGGCGGUGGUGUUCCUGACGGUGGCGUUCAGCAGCACAGCCGUGCAGACCUGCUACUUCCCCGACUCCGGCGACAACGUCAAGCAGCUGCUCACCAACCUGCCCCUCGGCGCCGGCUUCCUGUCCACCACCGUCUUCCUCGUCUUCCCGACGACGCGCAAGGGCAUUGGAUACGGUGACCCGUCUACGAAUUAA